AGGAUUAAGACCGACGUAGUUCUGGUAUCAUGUGAUACUAUCGUGCAAUUCAGCUUGUAUCCUGUACUAAAACAAUUCAGAGAACUUAAUGCCUCCUUUGUCAGUCUUUUGGUUCGAAAUGGCUCCUGCGAUGUUUCGGUACCUGGUCCUAAAACGAAAUAUAAACUAGAGCAGGAUCUUUUUGGAAUUUGCCCUAGCACGAAUCGUUUGGUAUUUAUGGGUUCAGCGAGUGAUUUCGAACACGAUUUCGAGCUUCAUGGACAUCUGCUGCGACAAAAUGGAAAAGUGGAUAUCCGGAGUGGACUGUUAGAUGCGCAUGUGUAUGUGGUCAAAAAAUGGAUUAUUGACUUCCUCGAAAUGAGCCCCAAUUUCUCCUCGUUAAAAGGUGAAUUACUACCGUUUAUUGUGAAAAAACAAAUGUCAACAAGCACAAAUUUACCGGCGCAAUCCGACAAACCCAUUUCAGAAGUUAAUGUCAAUGUUAACAUGAAGGUUGUUUUCCAGUUCUUUCGAUGAAAAAGAGGCAGUCCC